CCCGAGGCCGGAUCUGUGUUCCGUGUCGUCGCCGCCAGGUAAAAUAUUCUAACACCUGUUGUGUACAUCACUACUGACUUCUCAGUGAAGUUGAGAGAUUCGAGCUUGACAACGUCGAUGUCGUCUUUCAACAGCUCAGCUAACCUCUGUGCCUCAUCUCCCUGUCAAAAUGGAGGAACCUGCAAAUCAUGGUCUUCAAACUACUUUUGCUCCUGUCAACCUGGCUACGUGGGGCUUAACUGUGACAUCCCUAACUUCUGUGUCUCAUCUCCAUGUCAAAACGGAGGACGCUGCCUGUCGUGGUCUUCAAGCUACUGGUGUUCCUGUCGAACGGGCUACAGCGGGGAUCGCUGUGAAAUCCCGGACCCGUGUCUUCCUUCGCCAUGUCAGAACGGGGGACGGUGUUUAAGGUACGCAAGUAACUACUUCUGUGACUGCGACAACAACUUCUAUGGUGCAAGGUGUCAGUAUGCUAACUUCUGUGCCUCAUCUCCCUGUCAAAAUGGAGGAACCUGCCAAUCAUUGUCUUCAAAAUACUUUUGCUCCUGCCUACCUGGCUACGUGGGGCUUAACUGUGACAUCCCAGACCCGUGUCUUUCUUCGCCAUGUCAGAACGGUGGACGGUGUGGAAGGUACGAAAGUAGCUACGUCUGCUUCUGUGUCUACGGCUUCUCGGGUUGGAGGUGUGAGUUUGGUGACUACUGUGCCUCAUCUCCCUGUCGAAACGGAGGAACCUGUCAAUCAUCAUAUACAGACUAUUCGUGCUCCUGUCCAAUUGGUUACGCUGGGGUUAAUUGUUAUUUCCCGGACCCGUGUCUUUCUUCGCCAUGUCAGAACGGUGGACGGUGUCAAAGCUUAGGAAGUUUCUACAUCUGUGACUGCUACAACAACUUCGCAGGACUGAGGUGUGAGCAAGCUGCCAACUCGCAGGACUUCAAGCCAAAGACGACAUGUGCUGAAUUGCUCUGUCCUUUAUUCGGUGUUAUCGGUUUUGGCCUCAUAGUAAUUAUCGCCGUUUGUUUCGUGAUCGCCAAGAAAAGGAACAAGACGACAGCGAGACCUACAGCUUCGUUCUGCACGGACCCGUGUCAUUCUUCGCCAUGUCUGAACGAUGGACGAUGUCAAAGCUUCAAAAGUGUCUACAUCUGUGACUGCUACAACAACUUCGCAGGACUGAGGUGUGAGCAAGCUGCCAACCUCGCAGGACUUCAAGCCAACACGUCAUGUGCUGCAUUUCUCUGUCCUUUAUUCGGUGCUAACGCAUUUGGCCUCAUAAUAAUUAUCGCCCUUUGUGUCAUGAUCGCCAAGAAAAGGAAAAGACGACAGCGAGAACUACAGCUUCGUUCUGCAGCUCUUGACGUCAGUGCAAACUUUCAGUCGGACACCCGAGUCAGCACCCUCACCUCUGUGUCUGACCACCCCACUGCCGAACACCCGUACAGUGUGCGCUAUACCCGUACAGACAGUCAGACAAGCACGUGUGUCAUUGAACACAUUUCUCUGUCGGAAUACGAGUCCAGUCAUCUCUCUCCUCAGCAGCCACAUCUCCAUGACAACUACGAGAGCAGACUAGAUGGAGGGUCGGUCAAUGACGGGUACGACCACGUCAGAGACUUACCUCCCUCCUACCUGUCUGUGGUGACAGAUCCCAGGUACAUCCGUGACGAGGGCGACUCUGUGCAACAGCUGCCAUCGUACGAUGACGUAGUGGCUGCGGUACGAUCAUCACCAGCACCCAGAGACAGGAAAGAGACUUCCUCAGCAUCAAUGUCUUCUUUCAACAUCUCAGCGGACCCGUGUCUUUCUUCUCCGUGUCAGAACGGUGGACAGUGUGCAGGGUACGGAAGUGGCUACUUCUGCUUCUGUGUCAACGGCUUCUGGGGUUGGAACUGUGAGGUUGGUGACCACUGUGCCUCAUCUUCCUGUCGAAACGGAGGAACCUGCCAAUCGUUGUAUUCAGGCUAUUCGUGCUCCUGUGCAACUGGUUACGCUGGGUUUAAUUGUGACUUCCCGGACCCGUGUCUUUCUUCGCCAUGUCAGAACGGUGGACGGUGUGUAAGCUAUGGAGGUGUCUACCUCUGUCACUGCUCCAGCACCUACACAGGACUGAGGUGUGAGCGAGAUGCCAGCUCGCAGGACUUGAACCAGGACUUGAACCAGGACUUCAAGCCAAACACGUCAAAGAAGUCAUGUGCUGAAUUGAUCUGUCCUUUAUUCGGUGUUAUCGGUUUUGGCCUCAUAGUAAUUAUCGCCGUUUGUUUCGUGAUCACCAAGAAAAGGAAAAGACGACAGCGAGACCUACAGCUUCGUUCUGGAGCUCAUGACGUCAGUGCAUACUUUCAGUCGGACACCCGAGUCAGCACCCUCACCUCUGUGUCUGACCACCCCACUGCCGAACACCCGUACAGUGUGCACGAUACCAGCACAGACAGUCAGACAAGCACGUGUGUCAUUGAACACUUUUCUCUGUCGGAACUCGAAUCCAGUCAUCUCUCUCCUGAGCAGCACAUCUCCAUGACAACGAGGAGAGCAGACUAGAUGGAGGGUCGGUCAAUGACGGGUACGACCACGUCAGAGACCUACCUCCCUCCUACCUGUCUGUGGUGACAGAUCCCAGGUACAUCCGUGACGAGGGCGACUCUGUGCAACAGCUGCCAUCGUACGAUGACGUAGUGGCUGCGGUACGACCAUCACUAGCACCCAGUGACGGGAAUGUGACGUCAAUAGAGGUGACGUCAUGAUCUCACAGAACAGACACGUCAUCAGAGACCAACGUUACCUCAGCCUACAGUAGAAACACUACGUCCUUCUUAGAGAAUCAACCUGGCUGUCAGUCAGAGCCGACAUUGUGACCUUUAACCUUUAUCAGCACUGUAGAUGACCAACAUAGACCCAGUUCAUAGAAAACGACCAACAGAUUAACAAAACAAUCAGUCCAUGUACCUUGUAUGUCUUACACUUAACUAUUUUGCUAAUUUGUUUUAAAAUACAUCAGCAUGUGUGACCAUAUUAAACACGAGGAAACUGUUAUCAUUGUUACGUUGCCUCUGUCGUCUUUUAUCGUAUUCCGCGUUUUUAUAUUUUAAUCUUGACAGACUUUUGCACUCAUCUCUUUGUUCUGGAAGACGUUAUACAUCAAACAAAAAAGAUCAAACAACCAGUUUCUCCGUCUCUCAACCAAUGGGAUUAGACCUAGACACUGAGAAAUAGUGUCAACCAACAACAUUAGACCAGGAAUAAAGGUCGCUUCUCACCA